AUGGCUUCCAACAGAGUAGAGCGGCUGCAGAUGCGGCAGCGCGGAGCAGGGACGCGCAAGAUUAAGGAAGUCGAUUUCGGGUUCUCUCUAGGUCUCGGAGCGCCCGCCGAAGAAUCAUCUCAACCCGCGUCCCAGCCCACCAACAAUGACCUCAAACCAGCAUCAGCGCCUCAACCUCCUUUACUAGAGGCUCCCCCUCUCGUUCCAGCGCCGUCAACAGCAGACGCCAUCCAGACCCAGUCGACGCCAUCACCUACUCGAACAAAUGCCUUUGGCGCAUUGCGAGACCAACCCGUGCGAACUCCAGGAAGCGCGCGCAAUAAGCUCCCACCCCGUCGGUCCACCUUUGACAUUCCCCCAGACGAUGAACCGGAGCUGGAGAGGAGUAAUAAACGGAGAAGGAUCGAUAAUGCACCGCCGAGUGGCGCGCAAAUCGAAACCCCGAUCGACGCCCCUCAGAAUGGUACCGCAGAGACCACAGUUGAGGCCCCAAGUGAGGGUCAAGCAAUACCAAUUCGGACCAUUACUUCGAACCAAGCGCCCCGACCCGACCAAGAAACUGCCGCCGAGUCUUCUUCGAUUCCUGCCAUUGGAACGGAUGGAAACCCGCCUGAAGCUUCGAACGAGGAGCAUGAACACCCUAAAAUAAAAGCUACUGCGCGACUGGAAUCUCCGCGUGUAAACGGCACGGCGUCACCAUCAGAAUCGUCGGAGGACAGGCGGAGAGGAAAAAAGGGACGGCCGUCUCCAUUACGGGAUAAUGUCUCUAGCCUCGCAGCAACUGAGGCUGUCUAUCAACAAGCUGCCCAUAAGCAAUUACCGGACUCUCGACUUGAACCCGCUGGAGCAGCGCAAGAAACGGAAGCUCAAGGAUGGUUUACGAGAACACAAGAUGAACAAACAAGAAGCCCAAAUCUAGCAUCAGUACAACCUUCCGCCGAACCUUCUGCGACCGAAAAGGCAACUGCUAAAGAAGGUACCUCGGAGGCUGUACCGAGAAGCACUGCAGGCAAGGGUGCUCGUGGACGAAGGAGGAAGAACUUAGAACCUACGGAGGAAGCAGCUGUUACAGAGCGGGACUCUGAUGAGCCGAGUGCGACUCCGGUGGAAGAGGAGGUUGCUGCAGAUAACGAUGCAUCACGUGAGAAUCUCGAUUCGCCUGAGAAUCAGCCAAGUGGAAUAGAUAAGGGCAAGAAGCGCGCUGGGCGACCCAGGAGACACAUCCGUUCUCCGACACCCUCGGAAGAUUCUGCUAUGAGCAAGAGGAAGAGACAGCACGAGAAAGAUCUUGACCGAGCGGAGACACGUCCAGAGCAAGAACAGCCAGCUGCUACAGCUCGCUCCAGUAAGAAGAGGAAACAGCACAACGAGCAUGAGUCCAGUCCGAGACAAGAACAAGAUGAACCUGGGCCACAACCAGAGGUCGAAAGAUCCCGCGAUAGCAAGCGGAGGAGAGGACGUAAGGAACGAGAACUAACUCCACAGGCUGAGCGGACAGAGUUUGGUACGGCAGUGAAGGCAGCUCGGGCAGGUAGAAAGAAGCAGCAACAACAAAAACUGCCGUCGGAGCUAGAACAAUUAGCCCCUGCAGAAGCUGGACAAGCCCGCUCCGGGAGGGGGAGAAAGCGGCCAGAGAAGCAGGUGCCGGCGGAAAGGCAGGAUGUGCAGCUGGAGGCUGAGCCAGAAGCUGAAAGAGUGCAUGCUGAUAAGGGGAAGAAACGACAAAACCGGGCACCGACCGCGGAGCAGGAGGAAGAGCCGGAGCGUGAGCUGGAGCCAGAGACUGAACAAGAGUCUCAACCCGGGCAACAUCCCAAAGAUGCCAAGCGCAGAGACAAACGUCCAGCCCAGCCCGAAGGGCCUCCAGAUGACGGCACAGAAGACCAGCCGCAACCUAAAACGCGAAAGCCGCGACAACCGCGAGGCGAAACCGUGCCGGUCACGGUCCAUCGGCUUGCAAAUGCGGCUUUGCUCGGCGGCGAGCUCUUUGAAUCUUCUGACGAAGACGAUGCUAACUCACCGGAUGGGGUAUCCAACAUACAACCAACAAGGCUGCCGAGCCGCGGGGGCGUCAACCCUGCAGAUGUCCUUGCCCAGAUUUGCCGCGAGACGCUCGAGAAGACAUUGACGACGCUGAAAACUGGCAUUGAGAACGAGGCCAACGCAACAAGACGCGCAGAGUGGACACUGCGCCGCAAAGCCGUGGAAGCAUACGGUGCAGAGCUCGAAGGCCGACUUUCCGAUCUCAGCGAGAUGCUCGACAGCAACUUCAUGCUCAGCGCUAAAGUCAAGAAGGCGAAGCGCAACAUGCUGGACCUGCGAGCCCGCCUCGACCAUAUUCGCCGGGAGCGCGAGGCCGUCGCCCUGAGGCUGGACGCUGUGCGGAGGAAGCAUGCGCGGGAAGAGCAAGCCGGAAUGGCCCGCUCUACGAUCAACCACUCCCUACACAACCUCGACCUCGCCCUCGAGCGAGGCCAGAACCGCACUUCCGCCACACACAGCGAGUCGCCAACAGCCGGCCUGGAACUCCGCCUUCGCAGCCUGGCGCAGAGUGUGAGCUCGAGUGCGCCCGGUUCUCAAGGCGGCAUCCUGAGUCAGGUCAAGUCGUUCAAUGCCCAACUGGAGGCUGCAGCGCGGCGGUUAGAGGGAUGA